GCGGGGUUGUCAGUACAAGGGACCAAUCAGAAGUCAAGCAGCCGCAACAGGGCUGAGAUGGGCAGCCUGCGACGACCAUUGGAAUGUGGCGGUGAUGGUCCGUAUUUCGCGUUGGGCUUUUAGCGAGGCGAGUAUGAGGCACUGGCACUGAAGGCAGGCUCGCCGAGUAUAUAGAUGGAGGCUUUCGGCGUGGAGGAGGAGGAGAGAUUCAAGAAGAGCUGCAGACCCGCACUUCAAUAACACGACUUACACGAAAGAGAUCUGCACUAAGAAACACGGCGAAUAACUUCACCAUCUACUGCAAGGAGACGUCUGCUCUGUAGAUCGCCUUCAACAACCUCAACAACCUCAACAGCACCGGUUACAUAAUGUCCACCGCAGUCGAGCCCGCCUCGGCUCCGGCCUCACACAUCCGCCGGCGCUCUAAUGGCGAAGACUCCCUGCCCCCAGACUAUAUUCUCUCCGAGGGUUACGAGCUUCGCAACCUAAGAGCAUCCUCGUCUGCCGACUCCCUGCCACAGUACACCGCCGUCUACGAUGAUGAAGCAGAUGCUUCUUCGUCUUCCGCCAGCCCAUACGCCGGCUUCUACGCCACAAAGAUGCUGCAGAUCCAGACAAUGGGCCACCCGCUCAUCGCCCUGCCCUUGCCGCCGCGGCCGGAGCCCAUCUACGUCUUCGGCGUCGAGCCCACCGGCGAGCUGGACCGGGCCGAGUACGUCUCCGUGCGGCCGGCCCGCAACUCGGGCUCCUGCUUCCUCGCCCGCGCCGACGACCCGGAGCAGAAGCCCCUCUGCACCACCACCUAUCGCUUCGGGCCCAAUCGGCCGCCCAAGAUCCAGCUUCUGGGAGACGACGGAGCGGGCGAGAACGCCGAAGAGAUCCUGUUCGACGGCAAGGGCAGCUUCACGCGCGCGACGACGAUGCGCACGCCGCUGGGCUCCUUCGAGUGGCGCUACAGCACCCGCGCCGAGCGCCGCGCCGCGGGUCCGGACGUCGACAGCCUGUUGAUCCUGGACCGCACGACGACGGUUGCGUUGGAGGGUGGCAAGCAGGAGGUGCGCCGGCGCAAGGUUGGCCAGCUGGUGCGAACCGGCGGCCUGCGCACCGAGGGCACCAGGAAGAGCACCGCAGGUAACGGCGGCCGCUUGAUGCUCGACCUGCGCGAGUGGGCCGACCGCAAAGGCGAGGCCGGCCAGAUGGAGCUUCUUGCCGUGGCGAGCUGCGUGUCCAUGCUGAAGAAGGAGAUCGACCGGAGGCGCUUCCACCAGACUAUGGUCAUCAUGGGUGCUGUCAGUGGCGGCUAGUAAGAGUUGAAUUUUGGCACUGGAGGGAGGAUGUUGGGAGAGCGGCAAGAUGUCAUGAUGCGAAGGAUGGCGAAAUUAAUACCCAAUCGGUUUCAUUAUCUUCGAGUUUUUACAAGAAUAGCUAUAGACG